AUGUUUCGCAUUCAAACACUUGAAAUCGUUGCUGCCUCGCGGAGCUCUCACUUCGCUGUCCUUGACCCCGAACACUUUGCCAAAGCCGGAUCGAGAUAUUCGUGUUUACGGUUGACGGCCUGCGCCAACCACCCGGUGGUGGUCCUGGACCUCCUUGGCGAGAUGCGGCGCAGCCGCUGUGCUCUUGAUGCGGUCGCAUAUGCCACGGCAGCUGCUGCUUGCGAUGGUUCGAGCAACGCUGGGGCACUGCUUGAUUGGCUCCUCGGCUGCGAGGAAGCAAGCCUACAGCUUCUGCAGUCGUAG